AUGCUGCAACGGAAGUUGUUGGCCGCUUUCCGUGCGAAACUUCCGCCUCGAUCCGAGAAAUCCGGCCCGCUGUCAUCUCAUCCGGGUAAAAUCAACACCACCAAUCCCGCGGCCCCACCAACGCCAGCGCAGUGGAACGCUUCUGCCGGCCCCAUGACUACGCCGUACGGCGCACAAAUUGAUCACUACAUUCGAGAUCUUGAAGCACAUUUCAAAAACUCCAGCGAAGCCAUGCUAGACGCGCGAAAAGCUAUCGAGGGAAUUCUCACCGAGCAGGCGAAGGCGCGGCAGGAACACUGCCGAGAAUACGUGCUGACGUUUGUCCCAUUAGUUUUUACCCUCAUACUGUUUUUGCGGGAGCAAAUUAAUCGAAGUUGUGCUGAGCAGACGCAUUUAUUUUUGAAGGAGCACGCGGAUAAAUGCAGCUCCCUGAAGCGAGUGGUGCUCUGA